AUGAUUGGUAAAGAUGGAGGUGUUUUCAAGGCAUGGGAAGCCACAGUGAGAAGAACGCACGCAGUAGCUAAGAAGCGCGCUAAUAGUAUAUUUGGAAUUGGAACAUUAUCGAUAUCAGGCACAGAUGAUGAAGAAAACAACAGCAUUAGCGAUAACGAAGAUCAUGGAAACGAAACAUUUGAAAUAUAUAAUGAAGAGAAGGUUCUUCCCAAUGGAGACUACUAUACCGGACAAUGGGCGGAGAAUUUUCCACAUGGGGAAGGAAAAUAUCUAUGGACAGACGGGUGUAUGUAUGUCGGAGAAUGGUUCAAAGGAAAAACAAAGGGAAAAGGAAGAUUCAGUUGGCCUUCAGGUGCAACAUAUGAAGGUCAAUUCAAGAGUGGUUUCAUGGAUGGUGUAGGAACAUAUACAGGUUGUAAUGGAGAGACAUAUAAGGGAAAUUGGGUGCUGAAUUUGAAACAUGGUCAUGGAUAUAAGAGUUAUGUGAAUGGUGAUUGGUAUGAAGGUGAUUGGAGGAGAGGGCUGCAAGAUGGAAAAGGGAGGUAUGAAUGGAGAGAUAUGAGUCAUUAUAUUGGUGAAUGGAAGAAUGGUGUAAUUUGGGGUAAAGGGUCAUUUUUUUGGCCUAAUGGGAAUAGUUUUGAAGGGUUUUGGGAAGAUGGUUUACCAAAAGGUGAUGGAACAUAUAGAUGGCAAGAUGGAAGUUGUUAUAUUGGGACUUUUAAUAAAGAUGGUAUGAACAAAGAUGAAGAUGGAACACUUUAUCCAAUGGAUCCAUCUGAUGAGAGAUGGAAUUAUUGGGAUCCUCUAGAAUUGUAUAAUGAAUUGAAUGGCUAUUCAGUUUCUCCUGGUGAGAAAGUUUUGGUUUUGCCAUCACAAAAGAAACUUGCUGUAUGGAGGUCUACUAAAGGAGGGGAGAGUGUUAGACCUAGGAGAAUGUCGGUCGACGGAAGGGUGAGUAUUGGAGCGGAUAAGCCAACUGAUAGAAUGAAUUUGUGGGAUGGUGGUGGGAGUAGUCAUGGAGGAGGAUGCCAUGGUGGUGGAGGAGGUGAUGGUGAUGCUAGUACUGGUGGUAAUAGAACUCCUCCUUUAGGGAGUGAAUUUGAUGAGGAAUCGAUUGGUUCACGUAUUGAUGAUGCUAAUGAUGCUUUGAAUCAACUUCAACCUUUGAAAGCACCUAAGAAAGCUAAGAGGCAGGGUGAGACUAUAUGCAAAGGGCACAAAAAUUUUGAGCUUAUGCUUAAUUUGCAGCUGGGAAUUAGGCACUCAGUUGCAAGACCUGCUCCCACAGCAUCACUUGAUCUUAAGCCAUCAGCUUUUGAUCCAAAGGAGAAAGUGUGGACAAGAUUUCCACCUGAAGGAUCUAAAUAUACUCCACCACAUCCAUCAUGUGACUUUAAAUGGAAGGACUAUUGCCCGGUAGUUUUUAGGACUCUUAGGAAGCUAUUCAAUGUGGAUCCAGCUGAUUACAUGCUAUCCAUAUGUGGAAGUGAAGCUCUUCGCGAACUUUCCUCGCCUGGAAAAAGUGGAAGCUUCUUUUACUUGACCAAUGACGACCGUUACAUGAUUAAGACAAUGAAGAAAGCUGAAGUAAAAGUCCUCAUAAAAAUGCUUCCAGCUUAUUACAAUCAUUUUAAAGAGAAUCAAAAUACUCUAUUAACAAAAUAUUAUGGCCUGCAUUGUGUAAAGUUAAAUGGACCUAUCCAAAGGAAGGUUAGAUUUAUCAUAAUGGGAAACCUCUUUUCUUCUGGGCAUAUCACACAUAGACGCUAUGAUUUGAAGGGUUCUUCGCUUGGUCGCACGUCAGAUAAACUUGAGACAGAGAUUAGUGAAACAACUAUUCUUAAAGAUCUUGACCUUAAUUUUAUAUUUCUACUUCAGAAAUCUUGGUUUCAAGAGUUUAGCAGACAAGUUGAUAUGGAUUGUGAGCUUUUAGAACAAGAGGGAAUUAUGGACUAUAGUUUGCUACUUGGCAUUCAUUUCAAAAAUAUAUCUCCAGAUGGGGAUAUUCUUCCUAUAGCACCUCCGACUCCUUCCGGUGAUUCAGAGAACGAAGGAACUCUACACACUUCAACGGAAGACACAGAACAAAAUCCUUCCGAUCCUUCUAGUACAAUAUUAGGUAUAAAUAUUCCAGCAAAAGCAGAAAGGACAGUGAGAAGAGGCGAUAUCGAAACACAAUUAGUCGGAGAACCAAUUGAAGAGUUCUAUAGUGUUCAACUUACUUUUGGUAUCAUAGACAUACUUCAAGACUAUGAUAUCAGCAAGAAGCUUGAGCAUGCUUACAAAUCUAUUCAAUAUGAUCCUACCUCAAUAUCAGCCGUUGAUCCUAGACAAUACUCAAGGCGUUUUCGUGAUUUUAUAUUUAGAAUAUUCACAGAAGAACAAAUUCUUGAAAUCUAGAACAUGCAUGAUUAUGCUAUUCCUUAAUAAAGGUAUGACAUGUGCAAUAUAGAAGUGUAUUUGGUAGCUGCAAGUUACAUUCCUCUAAUCUUAUACUUCAUAAUUUUCAUUUUUUGUAUAGAACAUUAUAUAUAUGAGCACAUUGUGAAGAAACUCUAUAUGUAUAUGCAUAUUGUACACAUUUGCUAGAAUAUUUAUAAGAGAUGGAGAGGGUGAAAGGGAAAGUAUAUUCCAAUGUUUUGUAUCAGAUUGGGAUGUAUAUAUAGGUAAUGGAUCAAUGUACAUGUUUACUUUUUCAAUCCUUGAUGCAAUUAGUUAUCUCAUCAAAUAGUAGUUAA